AUGAAGGGAGACAUAAGAGCUUUAGGACUAUCAUUAUUAACCAAUAUUUGAUCACAAUGGGGCUGUGACUUGGUACAAAAACGUAACAUUUUAUGGGACAGGAGCUUUGAUAGUACAAACCACACAAGGAGGAAUUUGAGUAAAUUUUCAGGACUAUGCAUGGCUACCAACCCAAUCGACAGGUGCUGGAGAUGCCGAAGUGACUGGGCUAGCAACCGCAUGAAACUAGCUGAUUGUGUGCUUGGGUUUGGGCAGAAGACAACUGGAGGCAAAGGUGGCAAAAUUUAUGUGGUGACGGAUCCGUCUGACAAUGACAUGGUGAACCCCAAGCCCGGGACUUUACGUCAUGCCGCGAUCCAGGAGGAGCCACUUUGGAUCAUAUUUGCCCAUAGCAUGGCAAUCAGGCUAAAUGAGGAGCUGAUCAUGACCAGUAAUAAAACCAUUGAUGCCCGUGGAGCCAAUGUGCACAUUGCCAAUGGUGCUGGCUUGACUCUGCAGUUUGUGCAUAAUAUCAUCAUCCAUGGCCUCCACAUUCAUGAUAUUAAGGUCGGCAAUGGUGGCCUGAUCCGGGACUCGGCCAGCCACUAUGGCUUCCGCACAAGAAGCGAUGGGGAUGGUAUAUCGAUUUUCGGGGCCACAAAUAUUUGGAUUGAUCAUAUUUCCAUGUCGAAUUGUGCUGAUGGACUAAUAGAUGCCAUCAUGGCAUCAACUGCUAUUACCAUCUCCAACUGCCAUUUCACUCACCAUAAUGAGGUCAUGUUGUUUGGUGCAAGCGACGGUUACUCCGGUGAUGCAAUCAUGCAAAUAACAAUUACUUUCAACCACUUCGGCCAGGGGUUGACACAAAGGAUGCCAAGAUGCCGGUGGGGAUUCUUCCAUGUUGUCAACAAUGACUACACACAUUGGCUGAUGUACGCCAUAGGGGGUAGCCACCAUCCUACCAUACUCAGCCAGGGUAACCGAUUCAUCGCUCCUCCUGACAUUAACUGUAAAGAGGUGACAAAGAGGGAUUACUCACCUGAGAGUGUGUGGAAGAGUUGGACGUGGAGAUCACAGGGGGAUCUGAUGAUGAAUGGGGCCUUCUUCGUUGAAUCUGGAGACCCUAAUUUUGAUUUCUCAAACAAAUAUGUGAUCAGGGCAAAACCUGGGGCAUUUGUCACCAGGCUAACACGCUUUUCGGGUGCUCUUAGCUGCAGAGAAGGGAUGCCAUGUUAG